AGAAUAUAGAUGGAUCUAUAGAUAUUACUAUCACGAUAUGACCAUGACCGGUAACGUCUACAGCUGGAAAGAUAUGGACCAGAUAGAAGGCCAGUAUCUUAUAUACUAUCUUAUAUUCUGUGUCAGUUCAGAAAAAGACAUUGGCUAGACAGUACGUGUUUGUGUCUUCAGAUGGGAUUUACAGUGAUAAAGCCUCAACAAAUGUUUUAGUUCAAGUAUUUAAACGUUGUGUGGAAAUUAUAACAACUGCGUGUUUGCAAUCAAAGGUGAAAGGAGGAAACGGUUCAGCAUAUGGAGGACUUCAGAGAAUUACUCUAGGUUUCUCUAGAAAACCAGGAAGGUGUUGUAAGCUUUGAUCCCACCGUUACCACUGCAGAGAAGAUUGCUGAGGGAAUAGAUGACAUGGGUUUUGAAGCCAAAGUUAAGUCCCCUGGGUCCUCCCCCCAGGAAGUGACAAUCUACAUAGAGGGAAUGACCUGUCAGUCUUGUGUCAAAAACAUAGAGGGUGCCAUCAGCAUGAGGUCAGGGGUCAAGCAGAUCAAGGUAUCAUUAUCGCAGAAACAGGCGAGCAUAAGGUAUGACCCCUCUCAGACCAAUCCUAGAACUCUACGUGAACACAUCGACGAUAUGGGUUUUGAGGCUUUUCUGGAAAAACCGAAGCAGACGGUGAAUGUGAAAAUUGGAGUAGAGGGUAUGACCUGCCAGUCUUGUGUCAAGAAUAUUGAAGGGAAUAUGUCCAGCAAACCGGGAGUGAGGCACAUUCAAGUUUCCCUGGAGAGAAAAGAGGCCAAUAUCACGUAUGACCCCUCCGUUGUUACAGCACAGAUGUUACGAGAUCAAAUCAAUGACAUGGGGUUUGAGGCAACACUUCCCAGCAAUGGAUCCUCAACAUCUUUUGAUGAAUUUCAUGAACUCGCUAAGACAAGAAGCCAUGCUGACUUUGGCAAAUGUAGGUUACACAUUGAGGGGAUGACUUGUCAGUCGUGCAUUAAGAACAUUGAAGGGGUUAUCGGUGAAUUCCCAGGAGUGAAAACUAUCAAGGUGACUUUGGAGACCAAAUCUGCUGAUGUUACUUUUGACUCCAGCAUUGUUACUGCCCAGGCAGUGGCGGAUAGAAUAUCUGAUAUGGGUUUCGACUGCAAUGUGGCUGACCAACAGGAUGAGUUUGAUGAAAUAGCCAGUAGAAGUGCUCCCACAAAAUCUCCCCCAGAUGGCACUCUAGCCAAGUGUAUGGUUGAUAUUGAAGGGAUGACCUGUAUGUCUUGUGUUAAGAACAUCGAGGGUACUCUUUCUGAUGAGAAGGGGAUCGCACAAGUCAGUGUUUCUCUGGAAGAGAAAAGGGGUACAGUGCAGUAUGAUCCCGCCCUCUGGUCCCCCACCACUGUGGCCGAGAGAAUCAGUGACAUGGGCUAUGAUUCUGUAGUCCAUGCUGCAGCCAUUCCUAAGGUGCCCUCCACUAUCAGCACAACUGUCAUCUCCAUCAAAGGAAUGACAUGCAAUUCCUGUGUGAAGACAAUCCAGGAAGUGAUUUCUGAGAAACCAGGGGUGAGAUCUAUAAAAGUGUCUCUGCAGGAAGAGCAGGGAGUUAUCCAAUAUGAUCCUGACGUCACGUCACCCCAGCAGCUGCGAGACGCCAUAGAUGAUAUGGGCUUUGAUGCAUGCAUCACAGAUGAGACCAAAUUCCCACCAGAAACCACCGUGAUAAUGAACGGCAGUGCAGGGCCAGUGAAGUCCACGCCUUCACGCGGCCAUCUACCCAAGACCAACCAUGGCAUGGUCCUACAAAGGAAGGUGGACACAGUGGAAGAGGAUGACCUGGAGAAAUGCCACCUCCAUGUGUCUGGAAUGACCUGUGCUUCUUGUGUGGCUAAUAUUGAGAGGAACUUACUGAAAGUGCCUGGUAUUUCUUCAGUGUUGGUGGCUUUGAUGGCCCAGAAAGCAGAAGUGAAGUAUGAUCCUGCCUACAUGAUGCCCUCCCAGAUUGCUACCCUGGUCACAGAACUGGGCUACCCCGCCAUGCUGAUCGAGAAUGAAGGAACAGGUGAUGGGCACCUUGAAAUCCAGAUUGGUGGUAUGACAUGUUCAUCCUGUGUCCACCGUAUAGAGUCCCAUAUGGUGAAACAACCAGGCAUCAAGUCUGCCAUAGUUUCCCUGGCUACCAAUAGGGGACGCUUUGAGUUUGAUCCAGAAAACACAGGACCAAGAGAUAUUAUGAAUGAAAUAAGGGAUAUGGGAUAUGAGGCUUCCCUGGUCACAGACAAUUCCAAGAAUUCUGCUGCACAUGAACACAGGAAAACUACCAGGCAGUGGAGAAAUUCAUUCCUGUUUUCCCUCAUACUUGGUGUACCUUGUAUGGUGGUCAUGAUGUACUUCAUGUUUGCUUAUAUGCACAUGCCUGGUCACCAGAUGGCAGCAGGUGGCAGUAAUGAUACAGCUGAUUCCUCGCCAGGUGUCCCCAUGGUGACAGCAGGACUGUCUGUGGAGAACUUGAUUCUAUUUUUACUGGCAACUCCUGUACAGUUUAUUGGUGGGAGAUAUUUUUAUAUCCAAGCCUACAAAGCUUUGAAACACAGAUCCACCAAUAUGGAUGUCCUUAUUGUCAUGGCAACCACAAUAUCAUAUGUUUACUCAGUUAUUGUUGUGGCUGUUGCCAUGGUGAUGCAAGAGUCCACAAGCCCACGUACAUUCUUUGAGACCACACCUAUGUUAAUGGUGUUUAUAUCAUUGGGACGGUGGCUUGAACAUAUAGCAAAGGGCAAGACAUCAGAGGCCCUGACCAAGCUGAUGUCUCUGCAGGCCAGUGAGGCUCUACUGCUGGAGUGUGACAAGAAUGGCCAGGUGAUCAAGGAACAGAGGAUCAGUGUGGACUUAGUUCACAGGGGAGAUAUUCUCAAGGUCCUGCCUGGAGAGAAGAUUCCAGUGGAUGGUAAAGUGACGGAGGGACACUCCAUGUGUGAUGAAUCUCUUAUCACUGGAGAGUCCAUGCCCGUGGAGAAGAAAAAAGGUUCUUCUGUGAUUGGAGGAUCUAUCAACCAGAAUGGCACUCUGUUGGUGGAAGCUACACAUGUGGGGGCAGACAGUGCUCUUGCUCAAAUAGUCAGGCUUGUGGAAGAAGCUCAAACAUCCAAAGCUCCUCUGCAGGCAGUGGCAGACACCAUAGCUGGCUAUUUUGUCCCUGGGGUUUGCACCAUCUCUCUCCUCACAGCUGUAGUAUGGGUUAUAGUGGGCUAUGCCACUUAUAACCAGUUGGACAUUCAUUGGAAAUCAGAAAGUGGAAUGGGCAAGAACGAAAUCAUCUUCCAGCAUGCGUUUAAGUUUGCCAUCACAGUUCUAGCAAUAGCCUGUCCCUGUGCCCUGGGCCUGGCCACACCCACUGCUGUUAUGGUGGGGACAGGGGUGGGGGCUACUAACGGGAUACUCAUCAAGGGAGGAGAGCCAUUAGAGAUUGCACACAAGGUACAGAGUAUUGUGUUUGACAAGACAGGCACAAUAACGCGUGGUAUAGCAGAGUUGACUAGACUGACACUGUUUAAUACAGGGUUGUCCAAACAUCUGGUGAUUGCUGUCACUGGGACUGCAGAAACCAGCAGUGAACACCCUGUAGCUGCAGCCAUUGUCAAAUAUGCCAAACAGGCAUUGGGUGCAGAGACCCUGGGCAAGGUGUUGGAUUUCCAAGCUGUCCCAGGCUGUGGCUUGAAGUGUAGAGUGACCAAUGUUGAUCAUCUGGUGAGCAGUAUGGAAACAAAGGACAUUCUCAAAGAACACACUAAUAUUGACAGAGACGAAAUACAAGACCUGCAAGAUGCCCCAUCCUCCAGUGGCUAUGAGGUAUUGAUAGGUAACAGGGAGUGGAUGAGCCGUAACAUGCUGACAGUCACUGAGGCCAUGGACCAGGAAAUGUCAUAUCAUGAAAACAAGGGAGAAACUGCAGUACUCUGUGCAAUUAAUGGUGAGAUAGUUGCCAUGCUGGCCGUGGCAGACACAGUGAAGGAAGAGGCUCACCUUGCUGUGUACACACUGAAGAAAAUGGGACUCAAUGUUUUCCUCCUCACAGGAGACAAUCUCAAGACAGCUAAGGCAAUAGCCAAACAGGUUGGCAUCAGUAAAGUGUUUGCGGAAGUGUUACCAUCUCACAAAGUGGCCAAGAUCAAGCAACUCCAGAAGGACGGGCACCGUGUGGCCAUGGUAGGGGAUGGGGUCAAUGAUUCCCCAGCCCUGGCACAGGCUGACCUAGGCAUUGCCAUAGGAACAGGAACUGAUGUUGCCGUGGAAGCAGCAGGCGUGGUGCUAAUUAGGAAUGACCUGUUAGAUGUGGUGGCGGCCAUGCGUCUGUCAAAGAAGACAGUGAGGAGGAUAAGGUUCAACUUCCUGGCUGCUACCAUCUACAACAUAGUGGGAAUACCUGUAGCUGCUGGUGCUUUAUUCCCAAUUGGUAUUGAAUUAAUGCCAUGGAUGGCCUCUGCAGCAAUGGCUGCCUCAUCCGUGUCUGUCGUCUGCUCUUCAUUGUUGCUGAAACUCUUCAAGAAACCUAACAGAGAGGACCUCCUGACACAAGAGUACUUUCAGAAGUUCAGCUCAGGCAGGGACGAGUAUGGGGAGGAUGAUAUUUCUGUCCACUGCGGUAUGGACGCCGACUUUGACCCCGAUAUUUAUGGCAAGACCAGUCUCAAGGGCAGUAUUAAGAGCAUAGUCAGCAAGCUGAACAUAGCAAACAGACCCAAGGGGCAUGAGUACAACAGUCUGCUGUCUGUGAAUGCACACGAAGAAAUGGAGAUGGACCCAGUGUAAUAUUUAGUAUGGUAUCAUAAUAACCUGAGAAGAACUCGUGAAAGCAAGCUUUCUGUUGUUAUAGGGAAACAGUUUAAUGCCUUCAAGUACAUCAUAAAGAGUUUUUAAAGUUCAAAAUUGUUUAUACUUUGCUUCUGUAUAAAAACUCAGAUUUAUAUAUUUAUUGCUUCUGCAUGGAACAUUAUAUGUAUUGUAUGAUCUGUUAGAGAGUAACCAUGUUAACACUGAGAGUUUCAACCACAGUUCACACCUAACAAUAUUAACUUUUCUAAUGUGAAUGCACUACCUCCUAAGUGCCUUUCAUUGGUUUCAAGUCACUUUUACUAUGACAUCUGAAUGUUUGAGGAAAAAAGUUUGAAUUUCCCGAUCAACAUGAUAAGAAAAUAUAAUGAAUGUAAAAGAACAAAUUUAAAAUGAAAAACUAAAAGGUAUUAGUUUUCUCUUUUUACAUAGUUUGUUAAUCCCAUUUUAUGCCAUAUUGGCAUAGCCUUGAUAUUGACCAGCUGCACAUCAUCUCAGGCUCACUCUAUUCUCACUAGUCAGUAAAUUGUAUAUUUUUGCUCUUUUGAAUAUGAAGGGGUACUUCAUAGAUACUCUGUAUUCCUGUUGACAUCAAGUGUAUACAUUUAUUUUAUCUGUAGCCAAUAUUAAAUCAAAACUCUUGAAUGAGAUAAGAUACUCUAUAAAUAUUUAUUUUUGUUUAUUGAUGCUUUGGAAAUUACAUGAAUGCCAGUUAAGUGAUAAACACUUAAAUUCAGAUAUUUUAAGCAGGUCAUCUUGUCAAUUGAUAUUGCAGUUCUACACCUUUUCACCAAUAGUUUCAGGUUGAAUUGAGUUUUGCUUGCCAAAUUUAAGAUUUUUUAUACUUGUGUAAAACCAUGACAGUUUAUUUGACAAAAUGCAAAUAUAAAAUUUUCCCAAUAUUGUAGUACUGUAAUAGCUGUUAUGAUAUACAUUUCUGUUUUAUGGAAGGGAUUUAAUUCUUGCCUAAGUUGUCUUUAUUGCCAGUUUGAAGGCCAAAUUGUUCUGGAAGCUUCUUAUAGAUAUGUUAAAAUUGUAAGAUUGUAUAAGUAUGGUAAUUUGUGGCUUAUGCCAAUACAUUACUUUUUUCAGAUUGUGAAGUUUUCAACCCUUCAUUAACAUAGUGAUGUCAAAAAACUUGUUUCAGAAUUCACUUUUUUAUUACUCGUAGUACAAUCUAACUUAUACUCUUUCAGGCAAUACAAUCACACAAAACUUACUUGGGGAAAAUAAUUUGGGAACAUUAUUUAAAAAAUCAGUAAUUACUGAAUACUUUAACUUGUGACCAAUUUUUAAAAUCAAAUUCACUAUAAUAUUGGAGUAAAAAAGUGGAAUUUUGAACUGUAAUAAAUAAGACGGGCAAGUGGUGACCCACAUGUCUAACAAGCCAUUAUCUGAAAAAUAUAGUAAAAAGGAAGAUGUUCAUGUUGCAUUGCAUUAAAAAUGUAAAACAUUAUUCAAACAAAAGAAAAUAAAACAAAAUUUAUAAAAUA